ACCUUGCAAGAUCAAAGAUGACGCUGCAUCAACCGGCGGACUGAGGUGGUCGUACAUCCCAGUGCGAAAUGUGAAUGAAGAGACUUCAGCGACUCCCUCCUAUUCUGGGCGAAAGGUCUAGGACAUCAAACUGUACCUCUUUGUCUCUCUCUCUUGGGGCUUGGAGGUAGGUCAUACCAGGUAGAUGAAGCAAAGAACAUGGCCCGUGAAAUCGGAAGGCUCUCGUUUCACCGCCCUCCGUCUAUACAGCGGCAGCGGAAAAAAGGAGGAAACCCGCCUCCGUUCCAAAAGGUACAGCUCCAUUACAAUUCCUUUCAGAUCAUCAAGGGAGGAAACCGAUUUCUCCAAGCUGCCAGACGAUAUUCUGCAGAAAAUCGCUGCCACUUUCACGCUGCCAGACCUCCAAACGGCGUCGUUGGUAUGCAGAUCAUGGAGGGAUUCGCUUCGCCCGCUGAGAGAGGCCAUGUUGCUCUUGAAAUGGGGGAAGCGCUUCAAACACGGCCAUGGCGGGGUUCGACCUAACAUUCAAAAGGCUCUCGACUCUUUCUUAAAAGGUGCAGGUCGGGGCUCAACCCUGGCUAUGGUCGAUGCCGGUCUUAUUUAUUGGGAAAUGGGGAAGAAGGAGGAGUCUAUAGCCUUGUAUCGCAAAGCCGCAGAGCUAGGCGACCCCACCGCUCAGUGCAAUUUGGGCAUCUCUUACUUGCACUCUGAACCACCAAAACGAGAGGAAGCUGCAAAGUGGUUAUAUCUAUCUUCCAAUGCUGGCUAUGUCCGUGCUCAAUACCAACUUGCUCUUUGUCUGCAUCGAGGUCGUGGGAUGGAUCGCAACCUGCCUGAGGCUGCUAGAUGGUAUCUGAAAGCUGCAGAAGGUGGGUAUGUGCGUGCUAUGUAUAAUGUGUCACUAUGCUACUCGUAUGGUGAAGGUUUGGUGCAUAGUCAUCGGCAAGCGAGGAGAUGGAUGAAGCGAGCUGCUGAUCGAGGCCACAGUAAAGCCCAGUUUGAGCAUGGACUUGGUCUUUUUUCUGAAGGGGAGAUGAUGAAAGCUGUAGUCUACCUGGAACUUGCCACCCGAGCUGGCGAAACUGCAGCAGCUCAUGUCAAGAAUGUAAUUCUCCAGCAACUGUCAGUGACUUCUCGUGAUCGGGCUAUGCUUCUUGCAGACAAUUGGCGUGCUUUGCCUACAUCUCACUAAAUUUGCUUCAAACCAUGAAAAGCUAGAGUAAAUGUGUUAGGUGCGUCGGGUUAGAUUCAUGGCUGUGAAGUUUGAACGGGUAUGAUGACCUGGAUAUGUGGGACAGCAGAAACUGGAUAAGUAUAGCCUUCCCCACUUCUCUACUAAUGCUACGGCGGGCUCUGAGUUUGGAUGUACUUGAAGUAUUUUGGAAAAAAGGGGAACCAUAUCUAUCUGAUGGCAGAACAUCCUUCUACCAUCCCUUUUCUGAUUGUAGUUGCAAAUCCUGGUUUUCAAUGGAACCAUAAAUGCAUUUUGGUGUACAUUUUCAAUUUGUUUCAGUGAAUGUAAAAUAUGAAACUGUCCAUGAUGGGCUUUUUUUUUUUCUUUUCUUUCUUUCCCCGUCGAUAUGAUGUAUAAUUGGCUCUGAUGAGUUACUAGGUCACACUAACUUCUUAUUUUGGAUCAUUUAUUCCGUUCUUGAGCUAAGUUGGCUGAUUUUUCCUUAAUUGGAUUAAUUCAUUCAAGUUUGGAUUUUA